CCACGCCAUGCACCUCUCCAUGUAUGGCUCCUUUGUUAAUGCUCGGACCGACGUCGUGAAACGCGAGGAAACCCUCUCCUCUCUCACUUUCCCACCUCGGAGCGUUAGUGCCGGCCUUAUGGCCCCUCGCAUUCAACAUCACCCCAUUCAUAUCGACGCAGACCAGCAAUGUUAGGAGAUGUCUAGCAGUCCAAAUCCGUGCAGCCCCCAACCACUACCCAUCCAUCCUACCACACCUCACCCCAUACUCUUACCUCUUCUGUGCGCUCAUCGCUCACACUGCUGCAGAACUUAGACAUCCCACACGCGUUCCAUCCCACUACGCUUUGCUACGUCGCGUCUAUCGCAACAACCUGGUAAAUAGUUGCAAGAAAUCGCGUACGGACUCGAGUGACCCUCGCGUCGUUGGACUCUGCAUCGCAAAUUAGAAGAGCACUACAAUCUUCCCUACUCGUAUCAUUAACUUGACGCGUAUCAUGACAUCGUCUACAACCCCC